UGUCUCUCUAGAUGUCGCUGUUUGGAGAAUUUGAGGAGAUGGAGAACUCGGAUUUCUUGGAUGACCUUCUGGACGACAUAUUCCCCCACGUGCCUGCGGAUGGUGUCCAUGAGGAGGGGGGGUGGGGACCCCUGGGUCUGGAGGUGCUGAGUGACCCGGUGGUGGACGGCUUCCUGUGUGAGCUCCUGGGCAGUCCGCUCGGUGAGGGUCCCAGCUCUCCUCUGGCCAGUGACAGUGGGAUAUCUGAGGGUCUGGCGGCCAUAUCGUCUCCUGGUACCUGGGAGCCGUCUCCACCCGACAGCCCCAACAUCGUCCACACGGAACACAACUACUCCAUGCUGCAGAGCGUGCGGUCCGAAACCUGUGAUGGGGACGUCUUCAUCGACCUAGAUGUGUGUGUGGAGGAGACUGAUCUGGAGGUGAUGGACCCAGAUGGUCUAUGUAUGGAGGAUGAGGAGGAGGAUGGUGAUUAUCGGUACCAGACUGGGCAGGUUCUGCAGUUGACUGAGGAGGAAUCUCGGCUCCUGGGGAAGGAAGGCGUCACGUUACCUCAGCACCUUCCCCUCACCAAGACCGAGGAGCGAGCACUGAAACGUGUCCGAAGAAAGAUCCGGAACAAGCGAUCGGCACAGGAGAGCCGGAAGAAGAAGAAGGAAUAUGUGGACGGACUGGAGAACAGGGUCACCACGUGUACCGCUCACAACCAGGAGUUACAGAAGAAGGUUCAGCAGCUGCAGAGACAGAACUUCUCCCUCCUCCAGCAGCUGAGAAACCUACAGGCCCUGCUGAGCCAAUCCGGAGCCAAGACCACGUCCUCCAGCACCUGUAUCAUGGUCAUGGCGCUGUCUUUCUGCCUCAUUCUCUUCCCCAGUCUCUAUCCAUUUGGGACUAAAAUAGGACAACUCGGCUCUCAUGGAGUUGUUAGUCGUCAGUUACGUGGAUUCCCCCCGGAGUCUCCAGUUGGUGCCGUCCCCACAGCGACUGAUGAUCUGGACAUACAUCUGAAUAAAGCGGUUCUUGUAAAGUCUGCUGUAGGACCAUCUCAGGAGCCUUCUCCUCUGGACCUGUCCUAUCAGGAUCUACAUCUAGAACCUUCUCUGCAGGGUGCUCAGAAUGAUACCCCUGAGAUCCAGGACGUGGGCACCGCUGAAUCUAAACCUUCUAUCAAUAGCAAUUCCUCUUCAGACCUUUACCCAAAGAAGCAGCCUGGAGGCAAUGGGCCGCCCAAUCCUGUGCCCACCCACUUCUCCGACCCACCGGAAGCGUUACCCUUCAUACAGGACAAGCAGGCGUUGCUGGAGAAGGGGCGCAGUGUCAUUAUCAGUCCCCACCACUCAGAUGAGAUGUAGAUAGAGACUAUAGAAGUCCCUGCCUGGACUCACCUCAUGUGACUGAGCCUGGAGGGGCUAGAGCCCCCUCAACCCUGGAUGGUCAGAAGCACGUUCUGGAAAUUGUGUCUCGGGGAUGUAUAGUAGCUGCACUGUAACUUGUAUAUAUUUGUAUUCUGCCAUGUACCAAAUAAAGUGUUUAUAGUGGAAAUGUGUCUAAUAAACCAGAUUGUGUCCUG